AUACACACAGAAAGCAUUGACAUAACAGAUCGAAUACACAUUAUAUUAUAUUAAUGAGAGAAUAAAGAGAAGUAAUUGCACUAGCAGCAGUAUUGACAAUUAAUCAGUUAGCCGGCUUGAAUGCUACUUAUGGACGGAGAAAAGAAGAGGAAGAGAACAGCAAUCGGCGCCGGAGAUCGGAGUAAGGAUGAGGUAGAAGCUACUGUGAAAGAGGAGGAGUCGCCGUCAGAGGCGGAGGUUGACGAGUUCUUCGCGAUCUUACGGAGGAUGCAUGUGGCGGUGAAAUAUCUCCAGAGAAAUGCUCAGAUUCGGCCGGAAAACGUUAACGCAUCGCCGGACGGUGCUAACGGUGUCGCAGUUGGACAGAAGAGAGAACGGGGAAUCGUGAGAAAAAGUGAUUUGGACCUCAACACUCUGCCGGACGGCGGAGACUAAUUAACGCAGUUUAAGCAUAGGUUAAUUACAUAAAUGCACCCUUAAUUAUCGUAGAUUCUUAAGAUUGAUCUGCUGCACAGAUUAAUUAAUUAAAGCCUUUUUUUUAUAUAUAUUUCUCCGGUAAACGGUUUGCUCUUUGUGAUUUUCUUUAAUAAAUUUAAUUUAUUUUAUCAUUA